AUGGCAGACAGUCCAAGCUUGAGAGAGUCUCGGGAUGAAGUCUGUUCGAACCGAGAUGACAUCCCGUUGAAAGAGACUGGGAGUGACCAUAGCAUCAACGAUGAGAAGCCGGCGUAUCCAUCGACUUUGAAACUUGCGCCGAUCUUAGUAGGACUAUGUUUUCAGUCUUUCUGCAUCGCCCUGGACAAUACAAUCCUCUCCACCGCGGUACCCAAAAUUACCGAGCAAUUCAACUCAUUAAGCGACAUAUCUUGGUAUGCCAGCGCGUACCUCGUGACGACAUGUGCUGUCACACUCCCGUUUGGCAAGAUAUACACCUACUACUCUACAAAAUGGACAUAUAUGAUCGCUUUGGGUUUGUUUGAGAUUGGAUCCCUGGUAUGCGCGGUGACUCCGACUUCAAAGGGUCUUAUCCUGGGGAGAGCUAUCUCUGGUAUUGGCUCAGGUGGACUAUCGCCGGGUGCUUUGCUGGUGCUUGCAAACAGUGUACCCCUUCACCGUCGGGCACUUUAUUACGGAAUCAUCGGUAGCACGAGUGGAAUUGCAACAAUCACUGGACCACUACUAGGCGGAGUACUGACUGAUCAUGUCAGUUGGAGAUGGUGCUUUUGGAUAAACAUACCAUUUGGCGCCAUAACAGGGAUGGUGAUAAUCUUUUGCUUCAAAGACUCGGUAAAAGUCAAGCCGAAACUCAACACAAUGGGACAACUGAAAAGAAUGGAUCCCCUUGGUAUUCUUGCCUUUAUCCCGGCAAUAGUCUCAAUACUGUUGGGUUUGCAAUGGGGCGGAACCAAAUAUGAUUGGGAUAAUGCACGAAUCAUUGCGCUUUUUGUCUUAUUUGGGGUCUUCGGCACCUUGUGGUGUAUCAUUCAGAUUUGGAAAAAGGAUGAAGCGACAGUACCACCUCGUUUACUCAAGAACCGGAAUGUGCUUGGUGCAGUGAUUCAUGCUACUUUUCUUGGAGGAUCUUUCUUUGUCUUUGGAUACUAUCUUCCUAUUUGGUUUCAAGCAAUCAAGGAAGAUACUGCGUCUGAAUCUGGUAUCAACACUCUUCCGAUGGUCGUGACCAUGAUUGUCUGUUCCGCUCUGGGGGGAUUUCUAGUUAACAUUGUUGGGUAUUAUACGCCCUUGAUGUUCGUCGGAAGUGUUUUUCUCGCAAUUGGCUCCGGCCUGUGCACAACCUUCGAGAUAAAUACCGGACAUGCGAAAUGGAUUGGGUAUCAAGUGAUCAUUGGAGUUGGUGCAGGACUCGGAUUCCAACAAUGCAUUAAUGCCCUCCAGACUGUAUUAUCCUUGGAUGAUAUACCGAUUGGAAUUGCCAUAAUUACCUUUGCACAGAGUUUGAGUGGUGCCAUAUUCAUCUCAGUUGCUCAGACUGUGUUUGAAAAUCGCCUUGUGGCAAGCAUUGCUACAUACGCCCCGAAGGUCAACCCAAAGUCGGUCUUAGAAGGUGGCGCAGCCAACUUGUCGCAACGUCUGUCCAAAGAAGUUCUCCCAUCUGUGCUCUAUGCAUACAAUAUUGCUGUUACGCAGACAUUCUAUGUGUCUGUUGCUGCCGCAUUACUUUCCUUUGUUGGCGCAGGUCUUGUGCAGUGGAAAUCGAUGAAGAAACCACAGAAACAAGAUCCUGAAGAUUGA